CUUGACCAAAGAAGCACACGCGUUCCGGUCGUUCCGUGGCAUACCGAGGCAAAUCAGCAAUUCCAAUUCCAAUAGCAGGAAUCACAGUGUGUGGCACAGCAGCAACGGAAUCGACCGCCAAGUCAGCCAAGUGCCACCGUGUGGAAUUUGUUUCCUGCCCGCCCUGGUGGCGGCCUACCGCAAGCCGCAGUGGGAGUUACGCGGGGAGAGUGUGUGUGUUUCGGCUAUUCGUGCGUGAUUUAAGUUUCAAGUAAAAGUUGGGAUAUUUCCUGUCAAAAUUGAUGGGGAUUCGACUUUUUUCGACUGUUUUGCGUGCGAAUCGGGAAGGAAAUUGAAUUACUGUUGGUGCCUGGAAGGCAGCGGAAGUUUUGCUACGGAUGCAGCUGAUGUCUUACGCAGCUGGUGUGAGCGUCGCGACGACGUAGUUCGGGAAUGUCGUCGUCGUCAUUGUCGGCUUCUUUGUGAGAAAAUAAAAAUCACGCGUCGGGAACUCUCCGCGGUGCGGUGACACUGGCACUGCAGUAGUGGAGGCGUGAAUCAUAUGGUUUCUUCAGCGGUUGUCAAACUAACGGUGAUUGUGGGGGUGUUGAUGUCGAUGAUGGCAAUGAUGGCGAUGAUGAUGGUGAUGAGAUGUGGAUAGGUGUGAUUAUGUAAAAGAAGAGAGAAAAAAGUUGCACAUGUUGCAAUGCACGAAGAAGCGAGCCACGCAAAACGCACGAGGGCAGACUGUAUCAGCGAAAAAUAAGCUGCAAAUAGUGAAAUAGUAGUGCUUCGCUAAUUGGAAAAGAAAUAAUAAUCAGUGAACCAAAGGCGACACGAUGCCAAGUGCGACAGUCAGACAGAAUGAAGUCAAGUGAAUGUUGAAUUGCGACAAUCUUCGCGUGCUCAACAACAACAACAAAAACAACGACAACGAGAACGGCGAUGUUCAAAUGGAUGAAAAAUCAAAGGAUUUAGCGCCGCCGCGUCCAUGUCCGUCGUCCUGAUAGGGGAGCGAUCCGUUUCUGGCCAGCGACGAGGACGGAAACGACAUCGUCCAAGAAAUAGUGUUUCGUUUGAAGAAGUAGCGAAUAAUCUCGGGCUAAACCAAGGUGCUGUAAAUAAAGUGAAGUUAGCGGGUGAGAAGUGAACAUAGUUUUUGCGGUAGGCGAAAGUGGGCACAAAUUAGGAGAAAAAGAAAAGAAAACGUCAUUCAAAUCAUCAUCGAAAAUUCGGCACGAAGAAACGAAAGGGCGAAAAGUUGAAUACAAUAAUUUCGCUACUCCAAUUAAUAUCAUAUUAGGAAUACCCAAUAGCAAGUUUCGAAUAUAUUAGCGCUCUUUUAGUGGUUUCCAGCUUUUACUACUCUUAUCGUUACUAGUGUAGUGUACCAUACCGUAGUGAACCGUAACUAGAAAAUAGUGUAAAAAUGCCUGUCAGAAGAGGACACGUCGCUCCCAAGACGACCCUUAUUGAAACGAUAAUCAGGAAAUUUGAUACGCAUAACCGUAGCUUUCUAGUGGCCAAUGCACAGCCGGAAUCGUGCCACAUCAUCUUCUGCUCGGAUGGCUUUUGCAAGAUGACCGGUUUCACGCGGGCAGAGGUGAUGCAGCGGUCCGCCUGCACCGAGUUCCUGCAGGGCCAGAUGACCUCUCCGGCCGUCAUCCAGUCGAUCAAGGAGGCGCUGAAGAAGGGCGAGGAGAAGCACUUCGAGAUCCUGUACUACCGGAAGAAUGGUAUCAAAUUCCUGUGCUCCGAGGUGAUAGCUCCAAUCCGGUCCGAGGUGGACGACAUCUCGUUGUUCAUCAUCAACUUCGAGGACCUGACCAACCCGACCACCCCGGAGCUGCUCGAGCCGGUUAAGCUCAGCAAAUGCUCAGUUCCGUUUCUUUCAGUUGAUCGCGCGCGAGCUAGCUUUCGACAAUCGUUCCGAAUCGGACACAUCGCCCUGCGGGAUCGGGGUCUCCGGCUGGCCGGGUACCUGACGCCGCCGUCCGAUGCGACCCAGGAGGAGGAGGAAGUGGGGAUCAACAAAAGUGCCAUCGAAAGGGGGUUUUGCAGCGACAGGCUCAGUCAGACGACGGUGCUCAAAGUGGAAACGAACAUCUGGACGCCCAUGUCGACGCCGGCUCUGACGAGGACGAAAGAGUUGGAAGGCAUGCAGCCCGAUAUCGAUACGCUCAGUGGACCAGGAGAAAUUGUGAUAACCUCGCCGGUGGCGGCAAUAGCGGAAGUGACACCCAGCGAACUUCCAGCGUCCAUCACCGACAUCAAACCAGAGUUUCAGCAAACCAAAAGUUUAGACUUUGAUAUACAAUCAAAACUAGAAUUCGAACACACUAAACUAAUCCAGUCUUAUGAAAGCACGCACGCGAAAAAUUUUCGAGGGUUAAUAGAAACGCGUGCUCAUACGAUAGACGAUUUUAUGCGAGGACCCACGAGCCACCACGUGCGACAGUACUUCCCGUACGUGUCGUCCGAGAGCGAUCUACAACGCUACAAAGCAGUGCCAUUAAAGCAGAACUCAAGCCGCGAACCCCGGACCAGUUCAUCACUUUCGAAUGUGCCUUCAGAUUCUACUAAAACUAAGGAUAAUGGAUCCGCGAAAUAUUUUCAGGGAACAAGACAAACAAUAAAUAUGGGUGAAAAAGUAGCACAGGUCCUAUCGCUCGGCGCCGAUGUACUACCGGAAUACAAACUACAGAGUCCACGUGUUCACAAAUGGACAAUACUGCACUACUCUCCGUUCAAGGCGGUGUGGGACUGGAUUAUAUUAAUAUUAGUUAUGUAUACAGCAAUAUUUACCCCGUACGUAGCAGCAUUUUUGCUGAACGAACCUGACUUUAAUCAAAGGAAGAACCGCAAGUACGCGGACGACCCAAUUGUGAUAAUUGAUUUAAUAGUGGAUGUAACAUUCGUCAUAGAUAUAUUAAUUAAUUUUCGAACAACAUUCGUCAACGGCCAGGAUGAGGUGGUAUCGCAUCCGGGUCGCAUCGCGGUGCAUUAUCUGAGCGGUUGGUUUCUGAUCGAUCUGGUAGCGGCCAUCCCGUUCGACCUGCUGCUGGUCGGAAGUGAUACGGACGAGCUUGGCUUGGACAAAGAUGAGACAACGACUCUAAUUGGUUUAUUGAAAACGGCACGUCUAUUGCGUCUAGUGCGAGUGGCGAGAAAGAUCGAUCGCUAUUCGGAAUAUGGCGCUGCUGUUUUAGUAUUACUGAUGGCUACCUUUGCACUAAUCGCUCACUGGCUGGCUUGUAUUUGGUACGCGAUAGGAAACGCCGAACGGCCAAUGAUGAAGAACAAAAUCGGCUGGCUGGACGCGCUAGCCGAGGCCACUCAGGAGUAUUACUAUGCCAACAACACCGGUGGAGGACCGUCGAUAAAGUCGCGCUAUGUCACGGCACUGUACUUCACCUUUACCUCGCUGACGUCGGUGGGCUUUGGGAAUGUCGCGCCGAAUACGGACGCCGAGAAAAUAUUCACGAUAUGCGUGAUGCUGGUCGGGUCACUCAUGUAUGCCAGUAUCUUCGGUAACGUAUCGGCCAUCAUUCAGCGGCUCUACUCCGGCACGGCCCGAUAUCACACACAAAUGUUGCGUGUUCGCGAGUUCAUUCGAUUUCACCAGAUACCGAACCCUCUGCGGCAGCGGUUGGAGGAGUACUUUCAGCACGCGUGGACCUACACGAACGGCAUCGAUAUGAACUCGGUACUGAAAGGAUUCCCCGAGUGCCUACAGGCCGACAUCUGUUUGCACUUGAAUCGAAACCUGCUCAACAAUUGCUCCGCCUUCGAGGCCGCCAGCCCUGGCUGCCUGAGAGCUCUUUCGUUGAAGUUUAAAACAACCCACGCUCCUCCCGGUGACACUUUGGUGCACAAAGGAGAUGUCCUCACGUACCUUUACUUUAUAGCGCGAGGCUCUAUAGAGAUUCUGAAGGACGAUGUAGUCAUGGCGAUAUUAGGGAAAGAUGAUAUUUUCGGCGAAAAUCCCUGCACGCACGCGACGCUGGGAAAAUCGAAUAGUAAUGUUAAAGCAUUAACUUAUUGUGAUCUACAUAAGAUUCAUAGAGAUGACUUAUUAGACGUGUUAGAUUUAUUUCCGGAGUUUUAUGAUAGUUUUGUAAAUAGUUUGGAAAUUACGUAUAAUAUGAGAGAUGAGGAGCAAGCGGGAAUAGAGUUAAGGCAUCGACAUAUGCGACUCGGGUCACAGGAUAGAGACAGCGACUCGCGAUCCUAUGUUAGGAGGAUAAGCACGGUGCAUCAUCAAAGACAAAGUCAGACCAAAUGUGAUAUUCCAAAUGAUAGAAGUUCGGGACAAUUGAGCACUAACUUCGAUGACGAUCGAAAAUUUUCUAUAUCAGGAAUGAUGUCUCAUAUAAAGCGAAGCAUACCAGAUCUUAGAUCGAACAAACAUCAACCACUAACCAGUACUUGUGGAUCUCCUAACGAAAGUCCCAAAAGUUCGCACAAGCACAGUCCGCCCAGUGAUCACCUGUCGCCGAAGGUAGCACUGGAUACCGUCACUCUCAGUGCCAUCAGCAAUCGGGCCUGCAUGUGUGGGACCAAAGAACUGCCGGUAGGCCGUCCCGAUACCGUCUGCACAAGUUGUACAGUUGAUCUGAACAUCAAGUACAGCCAGGAUAGGGAUAUGCAUCAUCACACGGCUCCGCCUUCGAAUGGCAGUCGCCAAUAUCAGAGGGUCGUCGGUGAGCCCCUGCGGCAUCAGGAUAAUCUAGGAUCCGUUCCGAAUCAAUUAUCUGAUUUAACGAUAAGGCUAGACAGUUUAGAAGGUAGCUUGAAGAAAGAUAUCAGAACGAUCCUGGACAUACUGCACCAGCAGCAGCAGAUGCAGUUGCAGUUCCAUCAGCAGCAACUGCAACACCAACAGCAGCAGCUGCAGCAGUCCGGCAAGACUGGAAUGUCAUCGUAUCAACCGUCCGAGAGUGACUUCUCCUUCGACAUGUGCGUCGGCGUCGGUGUUAGCGGUGCCGGAGAACAGGCCAGUAGUAUGGCCAAGCAGCAGCAAGCGCAACAACGAACCAACGUGCAGCGGUCCGUCUCGCAGCCCGAGUGCGCCAACGAGAAAAGCCUUUUCAAGUGCUCAAAAUUUUCCUCAUUUAAUCAACCAAUGGACGAUGCCCCGGAAAGUCACAAUUGGAACAUUUUCGCACCAAUCGCCAAGCUCGAAUCGCUGGACGAAAUUGAUCAGGAUAGUAAACACUCCACCAGUCAAGAGAAGCCACAAUAACGAAUGGAUAAGGGUUAGCCGUUCAGUAGGGAAGGAUAGCAGCUGUCUCAUUCUUAGCAUAGCAAGGAAACAAACUACUGUAGCUCGUUUAGUCAUGUUAUGUAAAUACUGCUUGGUAAUCAUUUCGGAACUUCACGACUUUAUCGAUUGAUCUUAAAGCUAAAGGAAGCUACGAGCCAGCAACUGUACAUUUUUCAUAUAAAUACUGAACAUACUUUAUAUACGGAAUAUCAGCAAGUUUUUACGAGGUGCAAAAAGGAUAAGCAAAUAUAAAAAUAAGUCAAGAAUUAGCCGAAAAAACAAAACACGCAUAGUUGAGACGCAGUGAUUGUAGAGAACGAAAAAGAGACAAAAUAACUUCAUCUUAAUUUUAACCAUUAUCGUUAUUAUUGGUUGUGCUUUGUGCGAGCCAAAAGUUUAUUGUUAAGAAGAAGAAAAAAAAACUUUACCUUGAAUAAGUGAUUUAAUUCGAAGAUGAGUUUGUCAUUUUCUUAGACACAAUUUUUCGCUUCUCCUCUAGGGUGCAUUCGAUUUAGUAAUUUCUGCUCGAAGCAAACGAGUGACAAAUUUAAAGUGUAAAACAAGUAAAUUAAUUGGUUCGAACAAAGUUGGACAGUAUUAUUAUUGUUCAAGUUUAUUUUAACUGUAAAAUUAGGUAAAUCGUUAGCGACUGCAUUACAAAAGUUUAUUUGUUCUGGGACAGUUAUACAGUGAUAAAACAGACAAGCAGACACACUUACACAUACACACAAACACGAACGUCAAAAGUCGAACAACUACACUACGGGAAGAUAUCGAAAUAAUGUUCUUACAGAAACAAAUACACACACACAUACGAAACUUUCUCACUUACUUGUUCACGUCCACUUCGAUAAACAUACACUUACACUCACAUUUUAUCGCAUUUACAAACACAACAACAAUAACAAAAAAAGUCGCGAUCAAGAUCGCUUCUUAGAGGGUCAUGUUUAUUUUCAUUCGUCCUUUAUCGAUCGUUAAGAGCAUGUUAUGUUUCACUGUAACAAGCAGAGUAAAAAAUCACACAAAACAGAAAGCAUUGAAAGAACUGAGAAAAAUAAACUUUAUAGAAAAUGUACGAAAAAUAUACGUUACGAGAAAAGAAAA